AAUAAGGAAUCGGGCUGGCAUCGCGAGGAUGGCGUUCCCGGUAGCUAUUCCACUCCCGAGACCCAUCCUCCCUCUCCACUUCACCACCACCACCCGCGCCGCCGCGGCAAGAAGAACCCCGACUCCCCAACCCCUCCCCGACGAGCUCCAGCUCGUCGCCGACAUCCGCUCCCCGCACAACCACAUCCGCGUCGCCGACGUUUCCCCGCGAGCCGCCGGCCACCCCUUCGCCGGCGCGCGCCUUCUCCUCCUCGACGGCCCCGGCAACAUCCACUCCGUCUCCUUCCCCCGCCGCCCCUACAGCCCCCUCACAUCCACCUACCUCGACGUCUUCGCAGCCUUCCCACCCCUCCUCCCGCGCCCGUCCCUCGCCGUCCUCGGCUUCGGCGCGGGCUCCGCGGCGCGCGCCAUCCUCCAUUUCUACCCGCACGUAUCCGUCCACGGCUGGGAGCUCGACGCCUCCGUUAUCGCCGUCGCCCGGGACUUCUUCGGCCUCGCCGAGCUCGAGGAGAAGCACGCCGAUAGGCUGGUCAUCCAUGUCGGCGACGCGCUGGAGGCCGACGCCGAUGCCGUGCCGGGUGGAGGAGGCUUCGGCGGCGUGGUUGUGGAUCUUUUCGCCAACGGGAGCGUGCUGCGGGAGCUCCAGGACGCGGCUACGUGGCGCCGGAUCGGCGGGAUGGUGGCUCCGGGAGGGAGGGUGAUGGCGAACUGCGGCGGAGGCUGCGUGGAGGCGGAGGAGGAGGGGAGGGACGGCGAGGCGGUGAAGGAUGCCACGCUGCGGGCCAUGGCGGCAGCUUUCGGUGAGGGGAUGGUGGUGGUGAUGGAUGUGGAUGAAAGUUGUGUGGCCAUGACCGGGCCGGUGGUGGAGGAAGCGGCGGCCUGGAAGGCUAGGCUGCCGCCGGAGCUGCGACAGUAUGUUGAGACAUGGAGGCACUAUAAUGGUUAUGGCGACAAAUGAAGUACGGAGUAGCUGGGGAUUACGCACUCCAGUGGUUCUCAACACAAGAAUGCUGGGUAAUUUCUUGCUGACUCGAUUGCACUUUUGGGACUAACAAAGGACAGAAAGUGUACAAAUUGAUCAUGAGGGUGCAGCAUGGGUCUCCGGAGGAAGAUCAUGCCCAAGAGAACCACCCAGGUGGCCGACGCCGUGGCGAAACUACGGCCGCUGAAGAUGAAACGACCUCUUGAGGGUGCGGAUGAAGAAGCUUCGGGACAGCUG